CGCUCCGCUUCGCCAUCUCGGGCUUUGUCUGGAGACUCGCUGGCCCGGCGUCGGCAGCUGCGGAGCUGCGACUCCGCUCUUGCGCCCGCCGUAGUGCCAGGUCCCCCCUGCCCUCCCUAGCACCCACACGCUCGGGUGAGGUGGCUUUGACCCCGGGUUGCCCGGCCAGCGCGACCAAGGAGGUGGCUGGACAGCUGGAGAAUGAACGGAGAAGCAGACUGUCCCACAGACCUGGAAAUGGCCGCCCCCAAAGGCCAAGACCGCUGGUCCCAGGAAGAUAUGCUGACCUUGCUGGAGUGCAUGAAGAACAACCUCCCUUCCAACGACAGCUCCAAGUUCAAAACCACAGAGUCGCAUAUGGACUGGGAGAAAGUUGCAUUUAAGGACUUUUCCGGAGAUAUGUGCAAGCUCAAAUGGGUGGAGAUUUCCAAUGAGGUGAGGAAGUUCCGUACAUUGACGGAAUUGAUCCUUGAUGCUCAGGAACAUGUUAAAAACCCUUACAAAGGCAAAAAGCUCAAGAAACACCCGGAUUUCCCAAAGAAGCCUCUCACCCCUUAUUUCCGCUUCUUCAUGGAAAAGCGGGCCAAGUAUGCGAAACUCCACCCUGAGAUGAGCAACCUGGACCUGACCAAGAUCCUGUCUAAGAAAUACAAGGAGCUUCCAGAGAAGAAGAAGAUGAAAUAUAUUCAGGACUUCCAGAGGGAGAAACAGGAGUUCGAGCGAAACCUGGCCCGAUUCAGGGAGGAUCACCCUGACCUUAUCCAGAAUGCCAAGAAGUCGGACAUCCCUGAGAAACCCAAAACUCCCCAGCAACUGUGGUAUACUCAUGAGAAGAAGGUGUAUCUCAAAGUGCGGCCGGAUGCCACUACGAAGGAGGUGAAGGACUCCCUGGGGAAGCAGUGGUCUCAGCUCUCGGACAAAAAGAGGCUGAAAUGGAUUCAUAAGGCCCUGGAGCAGCGGAAGGAGUACGAGGAGAUCAUGCGUGACUAUAUCCAGAAGCAUCCCGAGCUGAACAUCAGCGAGGAAGGCAUCACCAAAUCUACCCUCACCAAGGCCGAACGCCAGCUCAAGGACAAGUUUGAUGGGCGACCCACCAAGCCACCUCCGAACAGCUACUCCUUGUACUGUGCAGAGCUCAUGGCCAACAUGAAGGACGUGCCCAGCACAGAGCGCAUGGUGCUAUGCAGUCAGCAGUGGAAGCUGCUUUCUCAGAAGGAGAAGGAUGCCUAUCACAAGAAAUGCGACCAGAAAAAGAAAGAUUAUGAGGUCGAACUGCUACGGUUCCUUGAGAGCCUGCCCGAGGAGGAGCAGCAGCGGGUCCUGGGGGAAGAAAAGAUGUUGAACAUCAAUAAGAAGCAGACCACCAGUCCAGCCUCCAAGAAACCUUCUCAGGAAGGUGGCAAGGGCGGCUCUGAAAAGCCCAAGCGGCCUGUGUCUGCCAUGUUCAUCUUCUCGGAGGAGAAACGGCGGCAGCUGCAGGAGGAGCGGCCUGAGCUCUCAGAGAGCGAGCUGACCCGCCUGCUGGCCCGCAUGUGGAACGACUUGUCCGAGAAGAAGAAGGCUAAAUAUAAGGCCCGGGAGGCUGCUCUGAAGGCCCAGUCUGAGAGGAAGCCCGGUGGGGAGCGUGAAGAGCGGGGCAAGCUGCCUGAGUCGCCCAAGAGAGCUGAGGAAAUCUGGCAGCAGAGUGUCAUCGGAGACUAUCUGGCCCGCUUCAAGAAUGACCGGGUGAAAGCCUUAAAAGCCAUGGAGAUGACCUGGAACAACAUGGAGAAAAAGGAGAAGCUGAUGUGGAUUAAGAAGGCCGCAGAGGACCAAAAACGAUACGAGAGAGAGUUAAGUGAGAUGCGGGCCCCUCCAGCUGCUACGAACUCUUCCAAGAAGAUGAAGUUCCAGGGCGAGCCCAAGAAACCUCCUAUGAACGGUUACCAGAAGUUCUCCCAGGAGCUGCUGUCUAACGGGGAGCUGAAUCACCUGCCGCUGAAGGAGCGCAUGGUAGAGAUCGGCAGCCGCUGGCAGCGCAUCUCCCAGAGCCAGAAGGAACACUAUAAGAAGCUGGCCGAGGAACAGCAGAAGCAGUACAAGGUGCACUUGGACCUCUGGGUCAAGAGCCUGUCUCCCCAAGACCGCGCAGCAUACAAAGAAUACAUCUCCAAUAAACGGAAGAACAUGACUAAGCUUCGGGGCCCCAAUCCUAAGUCUAGCCGGACCACCCUGCAGUCUAAGUCGGAGUCGGAGGAGGAUGAGGAGGAGGAAGAUGAGGAGGAUGAGGAGGAGGAAGAGGAGGAAGACGACGAGAAUGGGGACUCCUCGGAGGACGGCGGCGACUCUUCUGAGUCUAGCAGCGAAGACGAGAGCGAGGAUGGGGACGAGAAUGAGGAUGAUGAUGACGACGAGGAUGACGACGAGGAUGACGAUGAAGAUGAAGACAACGAGUCUGAGGGCAGCAGCUCCAGCUCUUCCUCUUCAGGGGACUCCUCAGACUCUGACUCCAAUUGAGGCUCGGCUCCCCACCCCCCGGCCCUGGGCAGGCAGCCAAGGAGAGCCACUGCAGAGCUCCCCUCCCCAACUGACCACCUUUGUCUCUCCCUAUGUUCUGUCCCCUCAGCCUCCCCCACUUUCUUUCUUUCUUCCUUUUUUUUUUUUUUU